AUACGAACUAUAUUUUUACAAACAUGGCAACAUGAUAUUAAUAUUUUUAAUGUAACAUUAUUACCCUGGUAAAUAUCUGGCACCCAAAGCCGACGUUUCGUUUUCUUUUAUUGUUUCUACUGCAGUUUAAAUAACAAAAUAAGGUUGGGGAACUAUUAGGAAUUGUAGAAAAAGUAUGUCUGCAAUAUUUUAUUCCAGUAUCACAUCACUACUGAUAGUAAAUUCUGAAAACAAUUAUUAAACAUUUAUUACAACAUUUAUAAAAAUAAAUUUUAACACUAAUGAAUUCUUUAAAAUAUUUUUCUUUUUCGACUAAUACAAGUCGAAAAAAAAUUUGUCGAAGAUUUUACUCAAAAUUUCAUGAAAAAUUGAAAAUCGGUGAAAAAUGGAAUUCCGUCGUUGGACUUGAAGUUCAUGCACAAAUAUCAUCAAAAUCAAAAUUAUUUUCCGAUGCAGGAACUGCAUUUGCUAGUCCAAUAAAUUCAUCUGUCUCUUUUUUUGAUUCAGCAAUUCCAGGAACAUUGCCAGUUUUAAAUAAAAGAUGCGUUGAAGCUGGAGUAAAAACGGCUUUAGCGCUUUCUUGCAAAGUAAACCAAGUUUCCAUGUUUGAUCGUAAACAUUACUUUUACUCUGAUUUACCAACUGGAUAUCAAAUUACUCAGCAGAGAAAACCUUUGGCAGUAGAUGGAAUUAUUAAUUUUCAUGUAUUUAAUCCAUAUUGGCAUAAGAAACCAUAUUCUAAGCAAUCGAAAAUUAAACAAUUGCAAUUGGAACAAGACAGUGGUAGAAGUCUUCAUGAUGAUGAAAAUAAAAGAAGUUUAAUAGAUUUAAAUCGUGCUGGAAUGCCAUUGAUGGAACUCGUAUUUGAACCUGAUCUUGGCGAUGGAGAAGAAGCAGCAUCUUUGAUUAAAGAACUCUGUGCUAUUCUCGAAAGGUUGGGUACUUGUUCAUGCAAAAUGGAAGAGGGUGCAUUUCGUGUAGAUGCCAAUGUUUCAGUAAAUAGACUAGGGGAGCCUUUGGGCAUACGAACCGAAAUAAAAAAUAUCGGAAGUGUACGUGCUGUUGCAGCUGCAAUAAAUUUUGAAAUAGAAAGGCAAAUUUUAAUGCUCGACGAAGGACGCAAAAUUGUAAACGAAACUCGAGCCUGGAAUGCAGAAUGUAACAAAACUGUUGCUAUGAGAGACAAGGAAGAUAAACAAGAUUAUCGAUUUAUGCCUGAACCGAAUUUACCACCUUUGCGCUUACAUAUUCACAGAGAUGUAAAGAACGAAAAUAAUUUAAUAGACGUGCCUUAUUUGCAAGAUCAAUUGCCUGAAAUGCCCGAAGAGACAAGGCAAAAGCUUAAAGAAACAUUUUCCAUUUCUCAAGAUUACAUCAAAGUGAUAACGAAUGAUUCUUGGCUACUGGAAAUAUUUUAUAAUAUUAUCAAAAACAAUGAAAAACGUUCUGCAAAUAUUGUUGCAAAAAUUCUAGUCAAUUUCUUUCUUGAAGUUAUAAAUAAGAACAAAUUAAAAAAGGAAAAUUGUCCAAUUACUCAAGAACAUUUGGGAGAAGUAAUUGAUUUGUUAGAAAAUGAGUCCAUUAACUUAAAUAUUGUUAAAAAAGUAUUACCUGAAAUUUUAUUACAUCCACAAAAUUCGCCAAAGCAGAUUAUAAUCGAAAAAAAUUGGUUUCAAAUAACGGAUAAUGAAGAAUUGACAAGAAUAUGUCAGAAAAUAAUCGACGAUAAUCCGAAAGCAUUGAAACAAUAUAAAGGAGGAAAAAAGAAAGUAUUUCAAUUUUUCAUUAAUCAAGUUACAAAAUCAACAGAUGAGCGAGCAAAUGUGAACAAGGCUAUUGAAAUUUUUAAAAAAUUGUUUAAUGAAACUUAAAAACCCUUAGCUGUAAAUAAAAAUAAUUCAUUUUAAAAAAGAAAUUGUAAUUCAAUAGAAUUAUUCCGAGUCUGAUUGUCAACACAUUUUUUUAUUCAGAUAUAUAAAGAAAUUUAUAACAUCACA